GUAUAUACCUAAGUCGGCUAGUUCUACUGCAGUUUAUGAGUUAACGUUAGCUACACAUGAUGUGAUAUUGCAGUGCAAAUCCCAGUAACGCUGCAUUGCUGGCGAGCUUACCGAUACCUAGAACGAUGAAAUUAUGUUUUCUUGGUCGUAAUUUGUACUACAGGUCGUUAUCGAUGUAUUCUUAUCUAGCUUGUAAAUCAGCUAUUGGGCUAGCCAGCUAGUAAGAGAUUGCAUUGUUGCAAGUGAAGAUCAGUCAAGCGCAAGAGUGGUGGAGUCUGUUUUACUGGCUUUGAGGAAAUGUCAGUCUCAGCAGCAUGUAUGUUGAUGGCAGCAGGACUCCGAGCAGCACCGCCAAUACCCCCAUGUCUAGCGCCGCGUCUCACCCCUCUUCCUCUCGGUUCUUGCACGCUGUCACCAUCGUUAUCGUUGCUGCUGUACUCUUCCAAAUUGGGAAUGGGCAGCUUACCCUUACGUGUUUUUUUCUGAAGAUUUUUAUUUACGUUUCAUUCGCGUUGCUUUGUUUUUCGUUGGGAAGCGUUGGGCUCCUCGUGAAGAAGAGUCCCCCUAAAAGUAGUAGGUUUGACAUUUUGAGGAGGUCAUCGCACUUGCUGGAUUUACUUAAUAAACUCAUGGGCUGCUUUCAGGUGCCGCUUUCCGAGUCUGCGCAAAUGAGAAGAGUUGUGGUGUCUCACAAUGUGGACAAGGCCCUCAAAGAAGUAUUUGACUACAGCUACAGGGACUACAUCCUGCCCUGGUAUACACCGCUGAGCCAGGAUGAGGGCCAGCUGUACCAGAUGCUGUCCGAGGACUUCUGGCAGAUGGUCAAGCAGCUGAGGACACGGCUAGCUGAUGUGGAUGUGGUCAACGUGGUCUGCAAUGACACCGUCAAGACCCUGCACACCCACUUCUGCCAUCUCAAGGCCGCUGACUCCAGGCAGGAGGAGCCGCCCAAGCCCUUCGCCCUGCACCCAUGUCUGCGCAGCCCGGAGGAGGAGCUGCGCUUCCUGCGCUGCUGCGCCCGCCUGCUGCUGCUGUGCCUGCUGCCCGCGCGGGACGCCCGCUCCUACAGCCUGCGCAUGGUGCUGGCCGAGAUCAUCGCCACCAAAGUUCUGAAGCCAAUGGUGGAGGUCCUCAGUGACCCAGACUACAUCAACCUCAUGCUGCUGGCCCAGCUGGAGCACCGAGAGCAGGUCAACGAGCACCACAAGAAGGCUUACACCUACGCUCCGUCCUACGAGGAUUUCAUCAAGCUCAUCAGCAGUAGCUCUGACAUUGACUUCCUCAAGCAGCUGAGGUACCAGAUCGUCGUGGAAAUCAUUCAGGCGACAACCAUCAGCAGCCUCCCCCAGAUGAAGAAGCAGAAAGACGGCAAAGGAAAGGAGACGGCAGCCAUGAAGGCCGACCUGCUGCGGGCGCGGAACAUGAAGCGCUACAUCAACCAGCUGACCGUGGCCAAGAAGCAGUGCGAGAAGAGGAUCCGGCUGCUGGGGGGCCCCAACUACGAGCAGCAGGAGGACGGGGCCACAGAGGAUGGCGAGGGGCCUCAGAGCCAGAGGAUCCUUCAGUUUGAAGAGAUCAUGUCCAACUCCUCCUUCCGGGAACAUUUCCGUGCCUACAUGGAGAGGGUGGACAAGCGGGCCCUCAUCAGCUUCUGGGAGCUGGUGGAAAUGCUGAAGAGUGCCAACAAGAACGAAGUCCCUCAGCUGGUGGGGGAGAUCUACCAGAAGUUCUUCGUGGAGAGCCGGGAGAUCCCAGUGGAGAAGGCCCUGUACAAGGAGAUCCAGCAGACGCUGGUAGGGAACAAGGGCACGGACGUGUUCCACAGGAUACAGGCGGACGUGUACGAGACCAUGAAGGAGCGCUACUACCCGUCCUUCCUGGUGAGCGACCUCUACGAGAGGCUUAUCAAGAGGGAGGAGCAGCGCAGCAGCUGUCAGUCCAGCGGGGAGGACAAGGAUGAGAUGUGUCAGGUCAUCGAGAGUGGAGAGGAAGUGGUGGACGAGGGCAGCAAAGGUAUCAAUGAGCAGGCCAGCUAUGCUACCAAUAAGCUACACCAGCUGUGGGACAAACUGGAAUACAAACGACAUGCUCUGGGCUCCAUCCAAAAUGCACCCAAGCCUGACAAAAAGAUAGUGUCCAAGCUGAAGGAGGAGAUCGGGGCGAUGGAGAAGGAGCACAGCGACUUACAGCAGCACAUCUCCCGCACGGACUGGUGGUGCGAGAACCUGGGCAGCUGGAGGGCCACCAUCAGCAGCACAGAGGCUGCAGAAGAGAACGGGGAGCACAUGCCGUGCUACUCCGUGUCUGUGAGCCUGCUGGAGGGUGACGACUCCGAAAACAACCAUUGGGUGGUCACUAGGAAACUCAGCGAUUUCCAGGCACUACAUAGGAAGCUGACAGAGUGUUUUCCCACCCUGAAAAAAGUCCAGCUGCCUGCUGUCAGUAAGCUGCCAUUCAAAUCCAUAGACCAAAAAUUCCUUGACAAGUCCAAAAACCAGCUCAACACCUUCUUACGGAAAAUGCUGACGGAUGAGCGAAUGUGCCAGAGCGAGGCCCUGUACGCCUUCCUCAGCCCCUCCCCUGAGCACCUCAAAGUCAUGGACAUCCAGAAGAAGUCCUGCUUCUCCCUGGCCUCCUUCCUGGAGAAGCUGCCCGGAGACUUUUUUUCACACCAGGACGAAGAUGCUGAAGAUGACAGUGACCUCUCUGACUAUGGGGAGGAGGCAGACGGGAAGAAGGACGCCCUAGCUGAGCCCUGCUUCAUGCUGAUUGGGGAGAUCUUUGAACUCCGGGGCAUGUUCAAGUGGGUGAGAAAGACAUUAAUUGCACUAGUUCAAGUUACGUUUGGACGGACCAUAAACAAGCAGAUUCGGGACACUGUGAACUGGAUAUUCAGCGAACAGAUGCUCGUGUACUACAUCAACGUUUUUCGAGACACUUUCUGGCCAAACGGGAAGUUGGCGCCCUAUAGCCAGGCCCGGUCAGAGUCUGAGCGCAGGGAGACCAAGGAGAGAGCGCAACAGAAGCUGCUGGACAACAUCCCAGAUGCACUGCAGAACCUAGUUGGACAUCAGAAUGCCAGGUAUGGCAUCAUCAAGAUCUUCAAUGCACUUCAAGAAGUCAGUGCCAACAAGCAUCUCCUUUAUAUUCUCCUGGAGUUGCUCCUCAAAGAGCUGUAUCCUGAGCUAAGCCUAGAGAUGGAGCAGAUCUGAUGAAGUGCACAUCCCAAGCAGAUACUUACUGAAAAAAAUGUCCCUUUUCUUGCAGAUAAACUCUAACCUGUUAUUUUCUCAUUCAGAGGAAUAAAUACAUGUUUAUUUCUAUUCUUCUGAGAUACCACUAUUUGAACUCACUUGAUGGUAUGCCUUUCAAAAACAGGGCAAGAGGCUUCUUAAAUCUUUUUUUAUUUUAUGGUUCCUCUUGCUCUUUAGUUAGGUGAUGGAAAAACAGUUUAGCUGCCAAUAUCUGUUGCUGGGAGUCAGUUUUUGUUUUGGACCUGGGUAGGUCUUUAUUUAUUGUGAAUACCUGUGAAAUGAUGAAUGUUGUAUUCAAGUUAAAGGUGUCCACAGACCUCUG